AUGCGAGAACGUUUGCGAGCUUCCUUCUCUUUCUCAUAUAUCAUUUUCUUUCUGUUAACAUUUUCCCCCGACUUUCUUCUUCACUUCCAUCUCUCUCAUUCUUUUGACCGCCAUUAUGCAAAUGGCCUCCAACAUUUUCUGCUUUUACCGUCGGCCAGACAUCCAGACAAUGGACACGAUGUCUGCAAAGUACUCACAGAUGAAGAGUCCUUCCGUUUCAUCGCUUCCCCAUUCUCCCCAUUCUCCCCAUUCUCUCUUGUUCUUUGUCUUAACUUUCAUUUCCUCUCAAUCUUUUUUUCCAUUUUCCAUCUUUCUCCUUUCCGUCGUCUCUACUUUUUUUUAUUCGGCUCCUCUUUAAUACCUUCUCCCUUCUCUUUUCAAUUCAUUUCUCUCUUUCUUCUUCUUUCCUUUCUCUUGUUAUACCCUUUCUUUCUCUUUUCCUUACACACUCUCUGUGUCUGUCAUCCUCCCUUUUCUUUCUGGUCUCUUUUCUUUUAA